CAUCACCACCUUUUGUCGUUGGUCGGCAGCUGCAAACUGGAAAGUCCCUGACAGCCCCGAUACGUUUGCGUCAGUCAGGAAAACUGUCCUUAGGUUUGUCGCUUUAAAUGAGGGAUAUCAUCAUUUCCCUCGCGUGUCUCUGUCUGCAGAUAUAAGAUUCUGUGAGGUUCUUUCAGUCGUGACUUUGUAGCCACCCGAGUAGAUGCUCCCCUGCGAGUGCUAGCUGGUGUUAGCAGGCUAGCUCUUUGUGUGGCUAGCUGCUAGCUGAGGGAUGUUUUGUUGUUGUUGAACUGAGCAGCCCUCCCGUCGACUGGGAGAGGAGAUUCAUCAGCUGUGUAUGGAAAAACGCCCUCUUGUCCACUGACAUUAUUAUCUGUGUGAGUGGCCCUUGAGACCCCGCAGUUUAACGUUAGUAAAGCGAUACAGACCGAGGGGAGAGUUCAUCGAAGAGGAAGGAGAUGGGAAACUGUCUGAAAUCUCCGACCUCGGAUGAUAUUUCUUUGCUACAUGAAUCUCAGUCGGACCGGGCCAGCUACGGAGACGGUGCUGACCCCGACCAGGAACCACCGCCCCCUUAUCAGAAUUUCUUUCAUUUAGUGAUGGCUGACGGAAGAGCUAGGGAGCAGAUCCAUGUGCCUGUCUACCACCCAACACCCAGCCAAGCCCGACUGGCCACUCAGCUGACAGAGGAGGAGCAGGUCCGCAUUGCCCAGCGGAUCGGACUCAUCCAGCACCUCCCAAAGGGCGUGUACGACCCAGGGCGGGACGGCUCUGAGAAGAAGAUCAGAGAGUGUGUCAUCUGUAUGAUGGACUUUGUUUAUGGAGACCCCAUCCGGUUCCUGCCCUGCAUGCACAUCUACCACAUGGACUGUAUAGAUGACUGGCUGAUGAGAUCCUUCACCUGCCCCUCCUGCAUGGAGCCUGUCGACGCCGCCCUGCUUUCCUCCUACGAGACCAACUGACACAAACACACAUAAACAUAUAUGCCCACAGGCACCUGUGGACCAGACUGAACACAAACACACACACAUAAAUAUAUAUGUACAAUAUGCACACAAGUGGACACGCACACAACUUCCAUCUUGGUAACCUGUAUCCUGGAUUAGUAAAGUGGUGAUAUAAUACAGUGACAAUGUCAAUGAUUUAGGAUGAACUGUGUGUAUGUGUGAGUGUGUGUGUGUGGGCACGCAUGCAUGCACACAGUCCACUCCAAAAGUAUUGGAACAGUAAGGCAAAUUACUUUGUUUCUGUUGUUCACUGGAGACAUUUGGGUUUAAGAUCAAAAGAUGAGCAUGAGACAAGAGUUCAGAAUUUCAGCUUCACAUCUAGAUGUGUUAUACAACUUAGGACAUAUCACUUAAACCCAAAUGAUCUUAAACUCAAAUGUCUUCAGUGAACAACAAAAACAAAUGAAUUUGCCUUACCGUUCCAAUACUUUUGGAGGGGACUGUAUGUGUAUGUGUGUGCCCACAAGUUCCUCAGUUGGCCUGCUGGACAGGAUUGCAGGAAUGAACAGAAUGUUAGUGUUAAGGACAAGCAGGAAGCAGAUGGAUUGGAGAAAGGAGUAAAAGACGGGAACUGACAAUGGGGGAUGUUGCUGUAACUGUAAAGGGAAGUCAAAGGGAAUGGGUGACGGUUAACUGAUAUGAUUAAGAAACCAUUUCAAGAUCCGCUUUCAUAUACAAGAAUACACACAAGUGUGCCCAGUCACACACUUUCUUUAUUUGCUCCCUAUCAUUGCAAUGAACCUCAGACAGACCAGAGGAGAGAGGACAUCUGACCACCAUCAUCAGGCUGCAGAUUGUGUUUUCAUGGACUGCUGAAGCCUGGUUACUAUAAUGUCACAUUGCAAGACAAAGCAGAAGAAAUGCUUCUCAGAACAUCUGCCAGAUGCUUUGAUGUGGCUCCACAUGGACAGUCAUAUUGCAGAGUCAUAUCUGCUGCAAAGACUGCUACAGAUGGACGUUGGACUUAAGACUAUGAACAUCUUAUAUAUUCUGCAGACAUACCGCAGGCUUCCACUCGGGCCUGAAGUUGUCUAUGUGAAUAGAUCUUUUAUGAGAAAAAUAAGAUUGGUCGGUGGAUUGAUCGACUGACCUGUGGUUUUGUGAAAUCUGUUGUGUGUUUGUUUUGUCAGUCAGCAUAAGGGCUUUGUUGACUCAUUGUUUACCAACAACAAAGGAAUGGCAAAAGUAAAAACAGUAUGUGCUUUAGUCACUAAUCUGAUGGAUAGCUGGUAUACUGUUGCUGUCAAGCUAUUGACUCCUCAUGACUUUUUCAGUCAUAGUAAGAUCUCAAAUUAUUGGCCAAAGCACAAGCAGCACCAGUUAACAAACCAAUGAUACCAAUCAUAGAUAUUUGCACUUCUUAAUCAGACUUUUGACAAGAGUUGACCAUAUGCAUUCGUGAUUUGCUUUACCUACAUUCUUAUAACCACUGUCUCUGUGGACCAGGAGUGGAAACAUAAUUUAUUACUGGUGACAUUAACCAAACUACUUAAUUAAUCCUACAUUUGGUGCCCCUGUGAGUGUCCAAAUCCUGUAAGGACAGAAUUCCAAACAUACACAAGGUUGGGCUCACUGAAUGUGUUUGCAUAUGUAAACAUCACUUCAGCAUUCAGCAUCCUGUUUUCGUGUCAGUUCAUAAAACCAGAUCUAAAGCAAACACUCACAAAGGAAACGGUUAAUGCUGGCAGGUGACGCUAUCAGGACACUGAUGAUGGAGAAUGAUUCUUGUGGGCUUGUGUGUCAGUGAAUUUGACUGAGGACGCUUAUUAACCUGAUGCAGUCAGAAUCAGCUGUUAUACAAUGCUGACUACAGUAGGUAUUCUGAGUUAUAUUUCUGUCCAUUUUGUUUUGUUAACAUGAACUUCAAUCUUCAACUUACAAUGUAAAUGAUCUCCUCACCACAUUUUAAAAUGUAUAUCCCCAAAGUCACCCAGUUUAAGCACAAAGAAGUACAAUUGUUCAGUUAUAUUUUCCCUUUCCCUGCUAACUUUGGCCUGUAAGUGAGUCGGUAAGACUUUGAAUUAUGCAGAAAAUGAUCAUUAUUAUUUAUGGUCAUGAUACAGAUCCAACACAGUCUUGCCUUUAGUGAUCUGUGUGUGUGUGUGUGUGUUUGUUUGUACUAGGCUUCAUGGCCUCUUUGUGUAUGUUUGAGAAAUACGGGGGGGCAGUUAGCACCUUAAUUUUUGCACAGUACUUUAAUCUACAUAAUUCUUUAUGUUGUACAUUGUCCUCCAUCAGUAAGGUGGAGCUUCAUGGCCUUAGGUUACAUGCUAAUGAGAGUAGGUAUCAGCUGCUAAUAUAUGGAGCAGAGCUAACUAAAGAAAAAUGAGGGGGAGGGGUAAUUAUACAGACAGUUCAGACAGGAAAUGCUGCUGCUGAGCUGUCAUUGUACAUGUCAUGUCAUGAAGACUACAAAAGCUGUCGAGAAAAUCGUCUGUCACAAAAUGAAUAAAUAAAUUGUCAUUGUA